AUGGAAAGCCUUCAAGCACGCAUCGACUCCUUCCUCAAAUCCAAGCGCGUCAAAAAGAAUUCAAAGUCAAACUCCACUUCAACCACUGUCAAAUGGCCCCAUCCCACCUCUUUCAACGCCAACCCGAAUACCCUCGCCGAAGCAGGCUUCUUCUGGGUACCAAGCUGGGAGGACAGGGACAGCGUCGCUUGCUUUCUCUGUCACAAAGAGCUGAGCGACUGGGAUGAGGAGGAUGAUCCGUUCCAGAUCCAUUGGAAGAAGUGUGGCAGUACUUGUGCAUGGGCAAUAGUUCGGUGCGGACUCAGCGAGGAUAUUGCAGAAGAUGGAAGCUUUUCAUUCUUGAACAAGAAGCGCUUGCCAACGAGUAAGGCGAUGGAGAAGGCGCGUCUUCAGACAUUUGGCGAAAACUUGUGGCCUCAUGACACGCAAGAUGACCAUGGCGCUAGCUCCAAGAAGAUGGCUCACGGAGGGUUUGUAUACACCCCUCAAACAAAGGGCGAUGAUACCGUGACUUGCUUGUAUUGUAAUCUUUCACUGGGCGGCUGGGACACGGACGACGAUCCAAUGUACGUUCAUGAAUUCUGCCCUUGA